AUGUCCCUUCAAACCACCUACCUCGUGAACGGUGAAUGGGCCACAAGAAGGGUUGGAAUUGGCGAGAUAUUGGCAAGAAAUCGCGAAGCAAGCAUACCCGUGACCACUCGAGUCACCGUUCCAACUACAGGCCUACUUUCUAGAACGGUUGUCCAAGGCCCGGCGAUCCAAUGGGUGCUCCCUGCACGUAUUCGACAUCAAAGACAAAACGACGUCGUGUUUGUCGGAGACAAUUUUAUUCAAAUUAAAGAGCUUGUCUCUAGCGGACACUUGGAGGAUGUCAUAACGAAAAGCGAUUUUGAUGCUAAAAUUGUUGGCGCCAAGGUCAUAAACACGCGCCCAGAGUUGGGAUUAGAGGAUCAAUUAGGACUCGGAGGACAAACUAUGCAUGAUCCUAUGCUAGAUGUUGUAAACCUGGCUCCUCAAAUUCUUGUCCUGGUGCUGGCAUCAAAGGAGAUGAUAUUCCUCUACGCUAGGGAAUUGCGCCGAGGGCUUCAUGAAUUUGUGCACGCCCGGCGCCCGCUACCCGCGGACGUAAGUUCUCUAGAAGAAUAUGGCAAGAAUAUUACAGUGGAUCCUCGAUCCAGGGCAAUGGCGAUUUCCGCAACCCACAAGUUCUUUGGCAUAUUUUCGCUGAAGCCUCCUCUAAUAUUGCAACGUGAAAUGAAAUGCGGGCCGGUUAACCCAAUUCAAGAAGAGCGGUUUUUUCGCACGGACGGUGACAUUCUAAAAAUGGAGUUUCUUUACCCGAAAGCUAGCGAUCCUGACAUAGCAAUCCUGCUCUUACUUGUCUCUCGGAGUACGGGUGUGCACGCGGUACUCUACCAUUGGAACACAGCACAAAAUCUGCGUUCUGUGAGGCCCAAAAUCGCGGGCGGAAGAAGACUACCUCCAGAAUGGGGAGCUCCUCCUAUUCUAGUUCCCUUGAUCCAGUCGACGUCAUUUUUGCUCAUCACUCCUACCAUAGUUCACAUUUUUACAGAUGUCGUGGAGCAGAACAAUCCUGCUAGAAAGUACUCACUGCCGCCAAGAGCAGACCUUGAGUCGAGUGACCUUAUCUGGACACAAUGGACCAGGCCCAUGAGGCACGGUAUCCGUAAUAAAGAGUUCGAUGACAUCUACCUCUGCCGUGAAGAUGGAGAAAUUUUGUAUUUGGAAAUAAAAGACGGCGCCGUUGCGCGGAAUUCCGUGCUUGGCUUUUUGGACUGUAAUCUCGAUACUGGAUUUGCCAUUCUGGAUGGCGGUUUUGAAGCAGGGGACCUAUUCGUUGCAACUGGCAGCAUGAGCACUGGCGGUUUGUUCAUUGCAGAACCGAGAAAACCGCUGAGGUGUGUACAGCGAAUCGCCAAUUGGGCUCCGGCUUUGGAUUCUGUAAUUGUAAGAGGGUCCAUGCAGCGCAAUUCAACAGCUUCUCCAGUCGAGUUUCGGACGCCCAGGCCGUCUUACGAUCGGAUUUUUACCUGUUCUGGCGUGGGCAGCCAUCGAGGUACCAUUAUAGAAUUAAGAUACGGACUGGAGGCACGAAUAGGCCUGGUUAUCGACCAAGAAGAUGCGGCCAGCAUUGUUGAUCUCUGGGCCAUACCAAAUACGUCAACGGGGGCUACAUUUUGUUUGAUUUCUACUCCACUGUCAUCGUCGUUGAUAUCUAUUCCGGUCGAUGCAGCGGAAGAGCUCUACGCACUGGAUGAGGAGAGCUCUGGGCUGAAUCUCAGUGCUCCAACACUUGCAGCCUCCAGCACCGCCAAUCGAUUGCUCAUCCAGAUUACCAAUGUGUCCAUUAACCUGGCUGUAUUAGGAGAUGAAUCUCUAAGAUUCUCAAUGAAGCUGCAAGGCCUUUCGGAAAGAAUAAUUGCGGCUACCAUUAACAGUCAUCUAUCUCUCCUUGCGACAAUAGUCCGUUCUGAUGACACAAUUCAGGUGAUUGUGCGAACAUUGGAUGUCAAUGCUAAUGGCAUCCGAUGUGACAUAUUUGCUCAACCGUUAACCCUGACUUACGAACCCAUUUGUCUAACAAUUGAAGAGAUCAACUCCCGUUUCUUCCUUUUUAUUGGCACAAGCGAGGGAAAGUUGCUUGUUGUUGGACUCGAUUAUGCGCAAGGCUUAGUCCCUCUUAUUGAACAAAAUAUCACUGAUAUGAAAGACCAGGAUUCAACCGCAUGCGAGCAUCUGAAGCUAGUUUCUGCGCUCAAGGGUGAGGUUCAGACUUCUACCCUGUUUUGUGGCCUUCGUGGUGGCAUAUUGGUUCCAUUUAAUAUAGAACGAGAACCAAAAGAUGCCUUACUUGGAUUGACCCAGGGAACACCGUACAAACUCGGAGACACCCCUGUUCGUAUUCGAGGUUAUGAGUCGGAUAGAUCAAUGGCUAUUGUAACAUGUGGCUCUGGGAUUUGGCGGCUAUCGUUUAUUGAGGACGAUGAUUGCAUGGAAUAUAAGCUAGAAAAGAUAUUGAUCACGGAUCAAAAUAAUCCGUCCCGGAUACAGGGCGCAGUUGAUUUCUUUUCCUGCGUCGACCGACAGCGUAUUUCGCCUCCAGGAGGGCUGGGAGGUUCUCUGUUAUGUUUUUCUGAGAAUCAGUUAUUCGCUUGCACCCUGGAGAGAUUGCCAAAGCCCGUUCCACGGGAAAUUUACGUUCCAGGCAGCCCUAGACGGAUGACCUAUUCCAAAUACUUGCAAAGACUGGUCGUAGCCUACAAUUCCAUGAGUCACCAAAAGGAUGGCGAAUAUACUAGGUGCUAUAGCCGCCCAAGACUCUGUUUUGUUGACCCAGACUCACAGCCGUCCACGCCGUCAUUUGUUGAUUUGAAUCAAAACCGAAGUCAACCUUUACAGCCUAUUCAGAGCGGGAUGCCAACAGGAGCGUCCGGGGAGAAAAUAACUGCUCUGUUUGACUGGAACUUCUCAAGUGGUGAACACGUCUACCAUUUUAUUAUCGUGGGAACAUCGCAGCUGCGCAGCACAUAUCCGGGACGAUUAAUAUACAUUUCUGCCCGUCCAAAUCCCCAUAAUCCCGCGCAAAUCACCGCGAUUGUCAAGAACAUACAUACGUUCGAGCAUCCGGUUAGAGCAAUAGCUGCAUACGACCCAACCGGCCUGAUAAUCGCAGUUGGCGACGGGGUUCGCUAUCAAUCCCUUAACCCUGUUACAAAAAGAUGGCAAAGGUCUGCAACUUACCAACUGGAGUCCACACCGCUCUCUAUAUCUGUCAAAGAGCCAUAUGUUUAUGUUUUAACAGCAAGACAUUCACUUUGCAUUUUAAAGAUUGUGGACAGCCAUUUUGAGCUUCUUGCUCAGGAUGGAACUGACAGGGAAGGUUUGGACCUUGUGAAUUUGCAGAGUGAAACCAAAAUCGUCUUGACAUCCAACAGAGGCGGUUCGAUUAUCGGGUUUUCCGAAAUAGCACUUUUACCGGACGAAAAGCUGAUAAAGCCGCUUUUUGUUGCACAUGUCCCUCAUUCAGUCAUACGACUCACUUCAAGUCACCGGCCUUACCACCCCGGACGCCCUGAGACCAUAUAUGGCACAGCGUUGGACGGUACAGUUUACAGAUUUACAACCUUGGGAGAGAACGAGUGGCGACUGCUUCGGUUCAUUCAAAACAUCUGCCUUGGAGACCCGGUCAUAUGUCCGUAUAGAAAACGGCGCAGGAUGGUCUCUGAGGAUUUAACUCCCCUGAUCACAAAACCAGAGUCCAUGCAUGUUGACGGAGACAUUUUGAGUCGGGUCGUAGAGCAUGGAAUUCGCUUCUUAGAAACGGUGAUGAGGAAAAACACGACAUCGUCAUACACCAACAGAUCUACGGCUGAUAGCAGCGGAAGGAUGGAAAGAUUCAUGGAGUUUGUUACGCCUGUCGUUGGAGAUACAGAAAACCCGUUUGCAGCUGCGAUAUCUUGGAUGGAAGACUUGCUUCGAAUCGAGCUCUAG